AUGAAACAUGUCUCUGUGCGCGCUCAGCAUAUACCCACACUUGCGCGUACUGCGCCUCGUAGGGUUCUAUCGGGUUUACAAUAUUAUAAAUACACGUUAUUUACUAAGUUAUCUAUUAAGCAGGAAAGGAAUGACUUGGAUAAAUUGUCCAAAGUGAUGUUCCUGCUGUUGUGCCACAUAACCUGCGUUAUCAAACAAGUCGUAUUUUACUUUAGAGCGGAUGAAAUCGACGAGCUCAUCGCUAGUCUAGACGAGCCCCUGAUGAACGCUGAGAGGAGCGCGAGUGGCACGGCCGGCGCGCUGCUGCGAUCUACUGCGCGCAACGCGGUGCGCUUACUGAAGGUGUACACGGGUUGCGCAGUAGCCACCUGCGUGCUGUGGAUCGUGUUCCCAAUAGUGUAUAGAAUCCAGAAUGGACAUUUCGAGUUCAAUUUUUGGAUAGGAAUGAGAUAUGACGAUAUAUUUAAAUUUAGUGCAGUGCUGCUGUAUUCGUUCUACGCAACUAAUCUUGUGGCGAUCGGAAAUACAACGAUGGAUGCAUUCAUCGUCACUAUCUUCGAUCUGUGCAGGGUUCAGUUAAGAAUUUUGCGAAUAAACUUUAACACGCUGGUUGAGCGAGCCGCGGCCAGUAAUGAUGAUUGUUACGACGCUGCACUGAAGAAGCUUCUCGUCGAUUGCUUGGUGCAUUACGGAAAAAUUAUACAGACAUGCUCGACGUUGCAGAAGAUCUUCAGCGUGCCGCUGUUGGUUCAGUUCGGCGUCACUGGCUGGAUUCUGUGCAUGGCCGCCUACAACAUUGUCAGGUUGAACGUGUUGAGUGUUGAAUUUGCAUCUAUAAUACUCUUCAUCACUUGUAUCCUCAUAGAAAUCUUCCUGUACUGUUACCAUGGCAAUGAGGUCACUGUUGAGGUUUGUACACGUGACAUCCAUAUAGACAUAACGUACAUGCAACACAGCCAAAUGAGCGAUCGCGUCUGUGAAUCCGUUUACAGUAUGCAGUGGUUGCGCGCCCCGGUCUCCUUCCAGCGCACGCUGAUCGUGGUGAUGGAGCGCGCCAAGCGUCCGCUGCGCCCCGUUGCCGGCCUCAUCAUUCCACUCACCUUGGACACCUUUGUCACGGUGCAGCGGGAUAUAGACAAGCUGGCUCGCGUUAUGUUUCUACUGCUUUGCCACAUUACGUCCAUUGUUAAACAAAUCGUCUUUUACGGGAAGGAAGCGAAAAUUGACGAGAUGGUUGGUAGAUUCGAUGAACCGCUGUUUAAUCAUAGUUCGGAGUCCUACAAAGUACUGAUGCGCGCAACAGCCGCCAGUGCCAGCAGAUUCGUGGUGGUGUAUUCCGGCUGCGCCGUGGUGACGUGCACGCUGUGGAUCACGUUUCCCGUCAUGUACCACUUGCGAGCGCAAGUCGUCGAAUUCCCGUUUUGGACUAACGUCGAUUACAAUCAGUCACACACUAUGUUUUAUGCCGUGCUGGCGUAUUCCUACUACGUGACUACCCUCGUGGGAAUCGCCAACACCACUAUGGACGCAUUUAUAGCCACAGUCCUCAGCCAGUGCAAGACACAGCUCCAAAUACUGCGGAUAAACUUUGAGAGUCUGCCGCAGCGUGCAGCGGACCUGGUCAAAUGUCAGAAAGGAAAGACGUAUGAAGAAAUGUUGAUGAAGCAAUUUGUCAAUUGCUUGGACCACUACAAGAUGAUAACUGGGACCGUGGAGAUGCUUCAAGACAUCUUUGGCACAGCAAUAUUAAUUCAAUUCGGAAUAGGCGGCUGGAUUUUGUGCAUGGCUGCAUACAAAAUAGUCAGUUUAAGCGUGCUGAGCAUAGAAUUUGCCUCAAUGACGCUGUUCAUUAGCUGUAUCCUGACAGAGCUGUUCUUGUAUUGUUACUAUGGAAACGAAGUCAGCGAUGAGAGCGACCACGUCUGUGAGUCUAUAUACAGUAUGCAAUGGUUGGGAACGCCGGUCUCCUUCCAGCGCUCGCUGCUCGUGGUGAUGGAGCGCGCCAAGCGUCCACUGCGUCCCGCCGCAGGGCUCGUCGUGCCGCUGUCUCUCGACACUUUCGUUAAGAUCAUUAAAUCAUCGUAUACGUUCUAUGCAGUACUGCGUCAAACUAAAUGA